AUGGAGAGCCAGAGGGUGGUCGUGGUCGUGGAGGACGCGGCCGCCGCGCGGUCGGCGCUGCAGUGGGCCGUCGGCAACUUCAUCCGCAGCAGCGACUCCAUCACGCUGCUCCACGUCUGCCCGCCAGCGCGGUCGCGCCGGAAGCGCCGCCGCCUCCGCCUCGGCGGCUUCCAGCUCGCGCUCGCCUUCAAGGACCUCUGCAACGGCAUCGCCGAGGCCAAGGUGGAGAUCGUGGUGACGGAGGGGGAGCUCGGGGAGACGGUGGUGGCCACGGUAAACCAGCUCGGCGCCACCACGCUCGUCGUCGGCCUCCACGACAAGAGCUUCCUCUACAGGGCGCCGAGCCAGUACAGCAGAGUCCGGAGCCUGGGCUGCAGGGUCCUCGCCGUCCGGCAGCACGCCCCGGCGCGGGGCGGCUUCUUGAACGCCGAGCUCACCCAGAUCGAGACCGUCAACUUGCAAAAUCAGAAUAGAAAACAACGGGCGGGCAAUGUGCAAUGGGUUGGUUCAGCUGCUAAACAUGACAUCCUUGGAUUCCUGGGCUCUGAUCGAGAUUAG